GGGCAGCGCAUAACUUACCAACACAGUCGCGCACAGCUUGCAAAUUUUUUGGAAUUUCACAAAUGAAAAUUAACAAUAAAUAAACUAAACUAGUAUAAACGCUGCAAGUGCACCGAGUGCCGAGAAAGAGCCGAGAGGAAACAUCAAAAUCAGACGUUCAGAGAGCUAACUACGCUGCGCGACGCCUAUAAAUAAUAAGCACAACAGCAAAAGCAACAGAAAGAGCUACAGUCAAAGCCAAAGCCAAAAGCCAUCGCCAGCUGGGAAAACCUCGAAACCAAAUUCGGUUUCGGUUUCGGUUUCAGUCGUGAGCCAACCUGCCAACCAGCAGCUCCGCCAGUUCGAGAGCGGGCUUUUCCAGUAUCGUUUUGCGCGUAUAUAUCUUUUGUUUUUCACUUACUUAUCUUACUUACGGUUUUCGUUGGCACGCCCGCGCUAAUUAAUCGUCAGAUCAGCAGCAGAAAUCAGGCCAAAUGCCGUACAUUAUCAUACGGGGGAACUUAGCCUCCUACAGCCACAAGUAUCCAUGGCGAGUGCUCGUCUCGGGAUUGAAAGCUGACGACAUCGAGCAGUUGAACAAGUUCUCUUGCGGCGGCUACAGUGACGAGUCCACCAUCGUCUACCUAGUGCAUCCCUGUCGCAUUCUUUCGGCGCUGGAAAUUUUGGGUUUUCGCGUGGUGGCCAGCUCAUCGACGGCAGUGAAGCAGGACUACAACGAGUACAUGUGGACGAUGCGCAAGGAGUUCGAUGAGCCAGAACCCUUGGAGACCGAGUCUGUGGUACGCGAGAAUCUGUCCAAUAUUGGCCGCGAGGCAGCCAGCUUAGGCAACUAUCACAAGGUGGAUUUGCCAGAAUAA